AUGCGUUUAUCAUCUAUUUUUAGAAUGUAUAACGUAGUUUUUGUUCUUGGACCACCAGGUGUUGGAAAAGGAACAUUAUGUACAAUGAUUCAAGAGAAACUAGGGUACAAACAUUUAAGUGCAGGUGAAUUAUUACGCCAAGAAAGAAAUAGAGAAGGAUCUAAAUUUGGAGAGAUAAUUGAAAAUCAUAUUAGAAAUGGAACAAUUGUACCAGUUGAAAUUACCUGUCAAUUGUUAAAAAAUGCUAUGGCUCAAAGUGGAAAAGGGAAGAGUUUCCUAAUUGAUGGUUUUCCAAGAAAUCAAAAUAAUUUGGAUGGAUGGGAAAAAGAGAUGAAAGAUUGUACAAAUGUCCAGCUUGUUCUUAAUUUAACAUGUUCUGAAGAUAUUUCUAUUGAAAGAUGUUUAAAACGUGGUCAGGGUCGAAGUGAUGAUAAUGUUGAAAGUCUUAAAAAAAGAAUUAGAACUUUUCACGAACAGACUCUUCCCAUCAUUCAACAUUAUAAAAAAUUAGAUAUUGUUAAAGAUAUUCCAACUAUAUCAACACCAGAAAAAGUUUUUGAUGUAACAAAAGUUAUUUUCGAUGAAGUUGAACAGCAUGGUAUUAAAAUAUGA